UGUGAAUAGAGAAAGUUGGAUACACAAUUUCUGUGUGAGUAGAGAAAGUUGGAUACACAAUUUCUGGUUGUUUCACCACCAGCCCUCUACCAGAGCCACGCCCCAUAUCUCCUAACUGUGACACCCCAGCCCACGAAAGUGUGACGCCCAAGCCCACGAACGUGUCACGCCCUAGCCCAUGAAAGUGUGACGACCCAGCCCACGAAAGUGUGACGCCCCAGCCCAUGAAAGUGUGACGACCCAGCCCACGAAAGUGUGACGCCCCAGCCCACGAAAGUGUGACGCCCCACCAGCCAUGUACGGCCUGCUGCUCCAGUCGGCCGCCGAUUUCCUAAAGAGCAAGUACGGCGAGGAGACGUGGGAGAGGAUCAGGAAGGAGGCCAACUUGUCCGUCAGCGGCUUCAGCACACACAACGUGUACGGCGAGUCCUUCAUGGUAGACAUGGCAACCGCAGCAUCAAUGAUCACCGGAGACACAGUGGACACCAUCAUGGACAGCUUUGGCGUGGAGUUCGUCAACUUUGUCGGCCAGUUCGGCUACGACCGUAUCCUCAAGGUGCUGGGACGACACAUGCGGGACUUUCUCAACGGACUGGACAACCUGCACGAGUACCUCCGCUUUAGCUAUCCAAAGUUAAAACCGCCUUCGUUUUUUGUUGAAGAUGAGACUAAAAAUGGCCUGACCUUGACCUACAGAUCAAGAAGGCGGGGCUACCUGCAUUAUGUCAAAGGUCAAAUCCGGCAGGUCGGGAAAGUAUUUUACAACACGAGGGUGGACAUUUUUGUCGUUGCCAAAGACUUUAACGAGGAGAGUCAGACUAGCCACGUCAAGUUCCGCUUGCUCUUUGACAACAAGGCCUUCAGGGAGCAAGCCAAGCACGUGGUAGACAACAUCGUAGACAGCAUCCCCCUUCGCCCAGAGCUGCUGUUUGAGCUCUUUCCCUUCCACAUCGUCUUCAGUAGAAAGAUGGAGAUCAGAAGUGUGGGCCCUGGGCUCCAUGCCGUGUUACCCACAGCCGUGGGACAGUGCCUGCUGGACCAUUUUCUUCUCGAGCGGCCUUUAACCAAUUUUACAUGGGAGGAUAUAUUACAUCACACCAACAACGUUUUCCAGCUGGUUGGUAAAUCCCCUGUCAGUCAAACAACUUUGGACACUGAAGUUUUAAACAAUUUUAAGGAAAACGACGAGCGAAGUGAGCCGACCAUUCUUCACCUAAAGGGCCAGAUGAUGUACAUGAACGAGUGGGACUGUAUGAUGUUUUUGGGGACACCAAUAAUGAGUUCCUUGGACGACAUGUUCCGUGUUGGACUCUACAUCAACGACCUCAGCAUGCACGACUCCAGUCGGGACCUCGUUCUCGCGGGGACACAGCAGUCAGCCGAGCUGAAGCUCGCGCUAGACCAGGAACAAGAGAAGAGCCGACUGCUGGAGCAGAGCAUGAUCAAGUUGGACCAGGAGAUGCAGCGCACAGACGCGUUGCUCUACCAGAUGAUUCCAAAACCUGUUGCAGAUCGUCUGAGGAAAGGUGUGCCGUCUGUGGAAACUUGCCAGGUUUUUGACAACGUGACCAUACUGUUCAGUGACGUGGUCGGCUUCACCACCAUCUGCAGCCAAAUCACACCCAUGGAGGUCGUCUCCAUGCUCAACGCUAUGUACACCCAGUUUGAUCAACUGAGUGAGGGUCAUAGUGUUUACAAGGUGGAGACCAUUGGAGACGCUUACAUGGCUGUGUCUGGCGCCCCAACAACGACCAAGUUUCACGCCCUGCAUAUGUGCGACAUGGCGCUAGACAUGCGCGCCUCCAUGAAAAAUUUAAUUAAUCCCUCAAACAACGAGACCAUGAAAAUUAGAAUAGGUGUGCACACAGGUAACACGGUGGCCGGUGUGGUAGGGAUUAAAAUGCCGAGGUAUUGUUUGUUUGGUGACACCGUCAACACAGCAUCUCGCAUGGAGACCAGUGGCGAGGCCAUGAAAAUUCACAUCAGUGAAACAACCAAACGAGAACUAGAGGGCUACCCGUAUGACGUGGAAAAUAGGGGGUCGAUUGAGGUCAAGGGCAAAGGUCAGAUGAAGACGUAUUGGUUAAACGGGAAACAGGAAAUGGCGGAAAAGGAUUUGGUCACGUGUCCUUUUCUUGCCAUCAUGGAGGAGGAGGUGAGACGACGCAAUCUGGAGGAGCACAUUGACAGCACCAACAGCCGGCUGACCACGGAACUGUCCAACAGCCCGCUGCCCUACUCGCCAGUCUCAUACCGGGACGUCGAUGACGUCUCUAGACCGCUGGGCUCGGGGCAGGGAGAAGCCACGAGGUUAGGUGCUGCCCCCAGGGGAGGUGCUGCCCCCAGGGGAGGCUGCCCCUUCUCUGCGGGUCUCUUCUCCUCACCGGGCGCUUUCUCGGUGCUGGAUGACGUCAAACAAAACGUCAACAAAUCGUCUUUGUCAAUGCAUGACGUCAAACAAACGCGUUCACCGCCACUGGUGACAUCAUCAACAGGUGCGCUCAUGAGGGCCAAUGUGCCUUUAACGGAAACGUUGACGUCAUCAGCUGAAAAGACGGGCAACUCUAGUCCCGUUCAGCUCCUUAAUUACGUCAUCGCUUCCGGUCAGAAAAAUAAUGUCGACUCAGCGUCCUUUAAAAAUAUCGUCGGGUCAUCGCCGAAAAAAAGCUUGGAACCCUUUUCCCCUUGCCAUGGACGAAACGUGGACACCGGCUCGAUACGAGAGCUAGAGAGCCGCGCGGCGUCAUGCACUUCACGGAAGUUCUCAGAUCCACCCAGCUCUCCUCUCAAUAAUGACGGCAGCAAUCUGAAGGAAUUGGCUCCGCCUACAGGAAAUGGGGGCCACAAAGUUGCACCGGCUCCUCACGAAUUCGACCAGUUUUUGUUAACAAAACAGUUAGGCGUGACCAAAGUGGGAGGAACCAAUGGAGCUUUGGUCAUUAAAAAUGAAUUCGGAUGCAUGUCUGGGUCAUGCGCAAAUAAGCAGAGCAGAAAAAGUAAGACAUGUCACAUUGUCUGAUGUCACAUGUGACAUUGUCUGAUGACACCUAGAUGUCACGACAUGUGUCAGCUAGGUUCCCCCGACACAGGCGAGAACUAAGUCAUGAGCCAAAAAAAGAUUGAUAAAAUAUUUUGUUCUACUCCAUCGCGUGAACAUUACAUCCUUUUGAAAAUUCUACUUUUAGUGAGUCCAUUAUUGGGGUAAAAGGGUUUGCCGGUAUGUGAUUUCCGCCCCCCCCCCCCCCCAACAUUCCCUCCAACAACCUACAUAUUUUAAGCGGAGAAAUAUAUUCAGU